CCCUAUUAAAACAAAGCUUCUUGUGAUCUUGAACUUGAAUAAUCUGCUCGGUCAGACGCACAAGAGUUUGUUUUAGGAUGAAAUUAAGGGACGCUGUGGCUUUGGCUUUGGGAUGCUGCUUAUGCCUGGUGCUAAGAGUGGACAGCCAUGGAAGAAUGGUUGAACCCCCAGCAAGAAACACCAUGUGGAGAAUGGAUUUUAAUACUCCGGAGAAUUAUGAUGAUACAGAACUCUUCUGUGGUGGACUAAAGGUUACUCAUGAAAUUAAUGGCGGUAAAUGUGGUGUCUGUGGUGACAGAUACGAUUCACCCGUUCCUAGACCUCAUGAAAGUGGGGGCAAUUUCACGUCCGGCGUCAUCUCCCGGACCUACCAACCCGGACGAGUGCUGGAAGUUGUCAUCGAGUUGGUUGCCAAUCACAAAGGAUAUUUUGAGUUCUCCCUCUGCGAAAGGAACGACCCUUUAGAGAAAGAAACAGAGGAGUGUUUUGACAAGAGAAUUCUGGAACUUGCUGACGGAACAGGGAAGCAAUUCCACAUUCCUAAAGAUGAUAACGGUUUUUAUGUGGUACCAGUCAAGAUUCCGAAAGAUGUCAGCUGUUCGAAUUGUGUUUUCAGAUGGCACUGGAGAUCUGCAAAUAACUGGGGAGAUUGUGACAACAACACUAAAGCCGUUGGUUGCGGUCCUCAGGAAAUUUAUCGCAACUGCGCUGAUAUCGCUGUAUUAGCUGGGGCCGGUGUUCGAGGCAACGCAGCAUUUAAUCCUCGGCCACGUGGUCCAAAGGCCUUAAAAAAGCAUGCCGUAAAAGAACAUCACAGAAAUGGUCGAUUUCAGCGUCACCAUCGGAGAAAGAUGUAAAAAACGAUUUUGGAUUCAUUGUGCAAUAUUUCGAUAUUUAUUCAUUGUAGAGUUUUUACUUGUUUCGUAUAUCUAUGUUUAUCGCUUCCUUUUAUCAUAUUUUGAUCAAUUGUAAUUAAAAAAUUAUUUAUACAUAAGUAAA